AUGUCGGACCUCUCUGGGUCACGCUCUCCUAUCCCUCCUCCCCCGCCACCGCCCACCAAGUACUCGCAUCGGGCAGCCAACGCGUUCGCCCGUUUCGCCCAGCCUUUCUUCUCUGGUUCAAGACCCCCCAGUCCGCAAAGUAGCCGGGCUGAUGGUCCCCGGCCGAUCAGGUCCAAAUCACUGCCUGGUGAACCGCAGACCGUCACCCAUCGGACCGGCAUCCCUAUCACCGCUCUAGAUAUCUCGCCGCAGAGAACGCACGCGGUCAUCGGAGGCAAGGAGAUCCUCAAAACCAUCCGAGUCUCACCAGAUCAUUCCUCGGAGGAAUUCAAUAUUCGCAAUGCGGUCAUCAGCUAUGCGUCCACUCAUCAUGAGUCCGGCGCAUCGAUGCCACACAAGGACCAGUUGAACGUGAGGGAUGUCAAGUGGUCACAUGGCAAUUAUGACCGGAUAAUCGCAACGGCGGUCGCCAAUGGUCGGAUUGUCGUCUACGACCUGCAGCGGCCCGGCCUCCAAUUAUGUCGCUUCCAGGGCCACAACCGCCAGGUUCACAGACUGGCUUUCAACCCCCAUCUCGCAUCAUGGUUGUUGUCCGGCAGUCAAGAUGGUUCGAUACGAAUGUGGGAUCUGCGUUUGGCUUCUGCGAAUCGGAGCCCUUCCACGUGCAGCCCCAAGCAUGUAUACCAGGGCAACAGCGAUGCGAUCCGAGACGUCCGGUGGUCUCCCACCGACGGGGUCGUGUUUGCGACCGCCUCGGACAGCGGCGCCAUUCAGAUGUGGGAUGCGCGCAAGACCACCGCCCCCUUGUUACGUCUUGCGGCUCAUGAGCGGCCUUGUUUCGCAGUCGACUGGCACCCGGACGGGAAACACAUUGUAAGCGGAGGCACGGACCGGCUAGUCAAGGUCUGGGACUUUUCGCCUUCUGCAGACCGACGACAGAAACCUGCGUUCCAGUUCCGAACCCCCCAGUCUAUUACCAAUGUUCGAUGGCGGCCACCGUCAUGGGUGGGUGACUCCCCCAGUUCGGGUUUGUGGCAGUCGUCCCAGGUCGUGACCACCUAUGACAAGGAGGAUCCUCGGAUUCACCUCUGGGACCUUCGACGGCCUCAUGUCCCCUUCCGUGAGUUUGAUCGGUACGAUGUGCCGGCAUCCGAUCUGCUCUGGCAUUCCAAGGAUUUGCUGUGGACGGUUGGCGAGGCCGGGGCUUUCACGCAGACCGACGUCCGCUAUGCUCCAGCUGUGAUUAACCGUCGGCCGAUGUGCUCGGCCGCCUGGAGCCCUAAUGGAGAAUUCGUAGCAUUCUCUCAGCCGCGACCUAGACGACGUGCUCUGGGGCCUCAUGCAUCCGAGUUCCUGCGCACCGACGAGGAAGAGAGUGUUAAUGGCGAAAAGUCGCUUAGCCAAAGCCCAGCCGAGGAUAUCAUCGAUGAAGUGGUCCUAGCCUCAUCGUUCCGGCCGCAACAGAAUAAGUCUACAACCAUUCGACCCUCAAAGUCUCUGGGCAGCACUCCGCCCGGUGCAAUCGAUAUUAUUCCUGUCUUACCCCUGGACGAGGCCCUUGCCAAGAUCGCCCUCCCUGCUCCUAAUCAGUUGGGAGCAAUUGGGACUAUACCCGGUGCCACCAACGAUGCAUCCGUAUUUCGGUUCUUAGCCUGCCAUUACUCACCAUUGAUGAAUGAAAAUUCUCAAACGCAAAACCAUGCCCAAGUUUUGAAUUCGUUAUUGGACUCGUUCGACCAGAAUGCCGAAAGUGCAGAUAAUUUGUCCUUGGCCAAGUUGGCACAGACCUGGCGGAUCGUGAAAUUCGCUAUUCUCCAAGAACUGCAACGAAGGUCGAGGGAGCAUCUAUCGGGCAAAGAUGGGGUGAAAGGCAAGACAUCCAAGGAUGGCCUGUUGGCCGAUAAAUCGCGCGCAGCGGAUGAGAGUCGCCCGGGCAAGAUGAAAAGCCGGCUGUUCAAAGGAGUCAUGGAGGCCGAGGGUCCAAAAGGUCUUCUCCAUGAAGCCGAAAGCACGUCGAAUAUGACCACGCCACUUGCGCAGCCAAUCCCUGAUUCCCCGCAGCAGUCCUGGGGAAGUAGCACGGACUCGCAGAUCCCCUCAGUUAAUGAGAAUGCGAUUGACCUUGAUCCCCUUCCGCCCUCGGUUUUGAGUCCACAGAAUGGCUGGAGUAUGUCCGAUACCGAUGUUCGUUCCAUUCACCAUCCCCUGCGCUUGACCCAGGAGCAAUCGGUAUCGAGCAAUGAGACCCAUCUUUCCACGGCUGUUCUACCCCAACGUCUGCGGGAUCCAUUGCAGCCUGAUCUUGACGAUGAGCAAAGGUCAGCACCGCGAGCAAUUGCGGGCCGAUCUGACUGGCGCACUCGGAGUCACCCCGACUUCCCUCCAGAGGCAGCUGAGGAUGAUUACGACCAGAAGCUGGAAGAAAAGCGGGCUGCCAUUAGCAAUUACAAGCAGAACCCAAGAAAGGUGUUGACAUUGGAGUCUCCGAUGGAGUCUAAUCGUCCCCCCAUUGACCGCUUCAAUCGGCACGACUCUAGCGAAAGCUUUCCCAUGUUCUCUGCCUCCACCGACAGUUCACACCCCUCUAAGUCAAUCGCCGCUUCCUACUCAUCAAAUAGACGGGUUUCAGAUGCUCUGAUGUCGGAUGGUGGCCAGGCUGGCUCAUACCCUGCAGGGCGGCCUGCCAUGGCCGCGCGGCGGGAAUCUAAUCUGGAACCAUCACCAGAGGAACCCGAGGAAGAUUUUGAUCCUGAAGAGUCGAUCCUUGAGUCUGAUCAACACGUCCAUCUCGAGCGACCCUCAACACCACCGCCAUUGGUGACCGAAUCAACUCCGCUUGAGCAGCCAGGCUCGGGAAAUGGUUUGAACUCGUCUGCUAACGGGGUUGCCUGUCUUUCAGCCUACCCAGGGAUAGCAGGCAUUUAUGAAGAUCUAUCUCAAGUUAUGAUUCCUCUGUUGCCAGAUGCAGAUGAUCUCACACCAUGGAGCAUCGAGGCUCUCAUGAAAGAGGCUGUUCGAUACUACCACAGUACUAGCAGCUCUGUCGAUAUUCAGACAGCUGCACACCUGCUACGGAAACUGCAUGUCCUAUUUGAAGACUGCGAGGAUAUCCUCCCAUACGAGGAGUGUGAACUAGUUUUCAAAGCCUACAACGAACAUCUCAUUAGACACUCGAUGGACCUGGAAGCUGCAGAGCUCCGUCUAUCUUGCGUUCCGACCUAUCCCGGCGUCUACGAUUACGCUCAAGCAGACACCUUCAUCAAUGUCUAUUGCUACACAUGCCAACGACCCUUUGAAAACCCUCGCCGCGACAACACCCGCUGCCACCGCUGCAACACACCCCAAGCACCCUGCUCGAUAUGCAUGAGCCUUGACCCGCCCCCAGAAUGGGUCUCUGCACACCGUGACACUCCCUCCAACCCGGGCCACACAAGUCCGGAUCCAGAGGCCGAAACAGUAUCCCACCUCUCAGACCAAUCCGCCGCAACCGAGCCCGCCCCAACAUCCGAGUUCGAUGGCUUCACAGCACCCAGGCCUAAAGGCUCCUCGCUAUGGAGCUGGUGCCAAAGCUGCGGCCACGGCGGCCAUGUAGCCUGCAUGACAACAUGGCUGGGCGAUCUGUCCAUGAGCGAAGGCGGCUGUGCCACACCAGGCUGCACGCACGACUGUGGUCCCGGCCCGCGCCGCGAACUCAACCGGCAGAUGCUCGUGGCGGAGACUAAGCGUCGCGAUUCCGCGAGUCGUUCUGCGGGUGUGGGUGUCGUUAAGCACGAUCCCUGGACUAAAGGCGAGAGUAAAGCCGUGCAGACGGUCCGCGGGAUGCUUGGCGCUGCCGGCGUUGCGGCUGCGACGGGUCGUGGCGCGGCUGGUGCUGGACAGGGAGGUCAGGCAUCUGGUGCGGUGUCGCCGAAGAAGGUCCGCCUUGUUACUCCUGUUGAGCAGAGUAGGCGGAAAGGUGCGGCUGGUCGGUCUGGUACUGCGCCAGAAUAG